AUGCCCAGCUGUCCCCCAGCUGUUCCCCCCAGCUGUUCCUCCCGCACAGCUGUUCCCCCCACAGCUGUUCCCCCCGCACAGCUGCCCCCCAGCUGUUCCCCCGCACAGCUGUCCCCCCACAGCUGUCCCCCCACAGCUGUUCCCCCGCACAGCUGUCCCCCCCCAGCUGUCCCCCCCCAGCUGUUCCUCCCCCAGCUGUUCCCCCGCACAGCUGUUCCCCCCACAGCUGUCCCCCCACAGCUGUUCCUCCCCCCACAGCUGCCCCCCACAGCUGCCCCCCCACAGCUGUUCCCCCCCAGCUGUUUCCCCCAGCUGUUCCUCCCCCAGCUGUUCCCCCACAGCUGUUCCCCCCACAGCUGCCCCCCACAGCUGUUCCUCCCCCACAGCUGUUCCUCCCCCCACAGCUGUUCCUCCCCCCACAGCUGUUCCCCCCAACAGCUGUUCCCCCCCCACAGCUGUUCCUCCCCCCAGCUGUUCCCCCCGCACAGCUGUCCCCCCACAGCUGCCCCCCCACAGCUGUUCCUCCCCCACAGCUGUUCCUCCCCCCCACAGCUGUUCCUCCCCCAGCUGUUCCCCCCACAGCUGUUCCCCCACAGCUGCCCCCCACAGCUGUUCCUCCCCCCACAGCUGUUCCUCCCCCCACAGCUGUUCCUCCCCCACAGCUGUUCCCCCAACAGCUGUUCCCCCCACAGCUGUUCCUCCCCCAGCUGUUCCCCCGCACAGCUGUUCCCCCCCACAGCUGCCCCCCACAGCUGUUCCUCCCCCCACAGCUGUUCCUCCCCCCACAGCUGUUCCUCCCCCCCAGUCAAUAACAGAAAACAAACUUCCUGCAGGUUGAGUUAA